AUGGAUGAUAUAUGUCGAUUGUGCUGUUCAAAGAACUUUGUAAAUAAUUACAUAUUCGAUGAAGAGAACGCACUGUUUUUAAAAAUGUCCAUGUAUUUGCCGAUAAAGGUGUUUAAAAACGAUCCACUACCACAGAAAAUAUGUGACAAAUGUAGCUGUAAAGUAAACGAUUUUUAUCAAUUUUGUAAUGAAACACUUGAAGUCGAGAACAGGCUUCGAAAAAUGUUAUCACUAGAAUCAAUACUUACAAGCUCUAAGGAAACAAAUAACAAAACAAGUAUAGCUUCUUCACAUUGUAAUGAACAAAGCACCCAGACAGAUAGCUCUUUAGAAAUGAAAAUCAAAGUUGAGCCGCAGAAGUCUCCAACGAUAAAACAAGAGUCAGAUUCAAAUGAUGAAAACGAUAUAUCAAAUGAUGCUUCAGACAGUGAUGACAACCUUUUAAUAAACAUUAAGAAGAAUAAAAAGGCAACUGGAAAACAUCAAGACAAGAUGGGUCAAAAGAAAAAUCUUAUCAGGGCCCAGUUUCUUGACAUGAACUUGGAGCAAAAUGAUAUUAAUUUAAGCUUAGUGAAAGAAGAGUCGGACGAUGAUUUUAAUCAUUUAGAUGAAUUGGACAAUGAAAUUCACUACUGUUGCAUCUGUUUUGUUAAAUGCAAGACCAAAAAUGAUAUGUUACAACACUACAAGACGCAUUUAGACAAAACGCAGCUAGAGAAGCCCCCAAUGCCUCCACCAUUCCCCAUUGAAGCUAAAUGUGACAGGUGUAAAAAGACGAUGCGAAACAAGAAAGCGUGGAAAGCACACUGGCAGCGCCAUUGGCUGAAUGACAGGCCCCCCCUACCACUGUUCACUUUGCGAAAAGAGCUUCCAAGGACAUCAUCAGAUAUUUAA